GUGAAGGUCACGGGGGAGCAGUGUAGUCGUAAGUGGCUCAAGCUUGAAGCUUCCCACAAGAAGAUAACGGACUACAACAACACCACAAGAGCCGACAAGAAAACUUGGAAAUACUUCCAUGAAAUGGAGUCUUGUAUCGGGGGAAAUCCAAAUGUACGACCGAAGUUCACUUUGGAGAGCAGCAGCAGCACUGCAGACGUCCUUGCGGACGAAGACUCUGAGGAAAGUGGAGAUGAUGAAGACCAAUGUUCCGCGGCCGAGAGCUCUAGUACAACAAAACGAAAAACCACUGGAAGUGGCUGUAAACGCCGGAAAAGGAAAAGAAAAUCAAAAUCUUUGGCCGCAGAGAUGUUGACAUUCCUGUUAUCUUACGCAGAGCAACGUGAGGAGAACGAAAGAGAAAAGAUGGAGUUGAUGAAGGAGGAACGAAAGAGCUUUUUUAACCAGUUACUACAAAUUAUGAGUAAGCGUAAAUGA